AGGUAGACAUGAGCAAAGUAAAAUUGGAUGUUAUCAAGCCCUGGAUUACUACAAAAAUAAAUCAAAUUCUUGGCAUGGAAGAUGAUGUAGUGGUUGAGUUCGUCUAUAAUCAGCUGGAGGAAAAGUAGAAACCGUUGCUGGGGCUCAACCCUUUUGUCCCAAUGGCAUUCGGAUGUGUUCCUCUCUGCAUCCGAUUGGCCGCCUUUCUAUCAGCCGUCAACCAUAGCGUGAUCCGUCUUCUACGUCAUACCUCGCCGCAUCAGCAGCUAAGGACAGCUGCCGCAGUUACCGACUCGUCAUCAUCUAGCAACCUCUGCCUUAGCUGAGUCACCAUUCCUCGUCAUCAUCACCCAGAGACCGGCCAUGCUUUUCUACUGCAACAUCUUGUCUGUGCGAACGAGUUCGUCAUCAUCCUGGAAGGCCUCGACCAAGGCCUUGCGUCAUCCUGAUGCAUGCACCUCCACUUCGUGGAUACCGAGUCGCCUCUUCCGAGGCAGUUCAACUGACCAGCUGUCGACGCUGCAAAAAGGCCUUGGUGGCCUUAAACCAUGGACCUUGGUCAUCACUGGCAGUUUGUCUUCAUUCCAAAGAUGACAAACAGCAUCUGCAGGCCUUGUUCAAGGCUCACUGUCGACCACUGAGGGCGACCCAACAUUGAAGACACACCUGCGACUCUUCUUUAAUCAACGGGGGGGGAAGGGACUUUCUGAACUAUUGCUGUUCGCUCUCAACUGUCCACCCUUUCAAGGUGGAAGUGAAGUGAUCAAAGCUUGGAGAGUGGGAUUGGUAGACAAGCAUCAUAUUCGCACAUGUUGUGACAAUCCUUGUCAUUAUGACAGUUUCCUGACCCUCGAAAAAUGCAGAUCAAUCUGACAGGUUUCCUGACUGGCAGAAAUGCCCGUUCAUUCAUGGGCGAACUUUGGGACCUGUUGGUCUCUGCACAAGAAAGCGUUACUGGCAUUCCAGAAGCUUUUCUACAACAGAAGAAAGAUCAAAUCAAGAAACGUCUGGAAGAACAAGAGAAGCUGCAAGCGUCGCUGGCAGAGAAAGAAAAGGAAAAGGAACGCGAGAAGGAAAAAGAUGAUGCAGAAUCAGCAAAGUUGAAGAAAGAAGAAAAAGAUCGAGGAUCGUCUAAGGAAAGACGAAGGGAUCGUAGCCGAGAUCGUGACCGGGACAGGAACAAACGGAGCAGAUCACGUGAUCGCCAUAGAGAUAGAGAUCGUUCAGGCCGUAAAAGAAGAUCAAGUUCAAGAUCACCGGCAAAAUCCUCAUCAAAAGACAACGGUAAAGAAAUGACUGAGGUCAAAAUUGAAAGAGAAGAUUCACCUCAACUUGACAAUGUAAUACCUCUACUACCUGUGAAAACUAAACCAGAGGCAGCAGUUGCUAUAUCACGGCUGCAAGCAAAGCUAAUGAGCAUCGCUGAUGGGAAGAAAAAGAUGAAUCGUUCGCCAUCUGUAGAAAUUGCAGAAAAACUUUCCAAAAAAUCACCAUCAAAGUCACCUGCUGGUAAAUCGAGAAAAUCCAGGUCAAAAUCGCCAAUUUCAAAAUCCAAGAGGUCACGUUCGCCUGUAUCAAAAUCACGACGAUCACGUUCUAAGUCACGAACAAGAAGAUCUCGGUCCAAGUCAAAAACCAGAAGGUCAAGAUCACGAUCUCAAGAUCGAUCAAAGUCAAGAAGAUCAAAAUCAAAGUCUCCUAUUUCAAAAUCGAGAAAAUCACGUUCGAAAUCACCAAUUCGUUCCAAGAAAUCAAGAUCAAAGAGCAUUGACCGUAGCAAGUCUAGAAAAUCACGAUCAGAUUCAAGCGAUUCGGCAUCAUCGAAAUCACGGUCCAAGACUCCUGAAAAACGAAAAGAAAAUAUUGACUCCAACAGGAAACGUGAUGUGAGUUCGAGCAGUAGUUCCGGAUCAGAAAUAGAGAAAGGAGCAAAAGACAAAAACGAUUUUGAAAUCCGUAAGAAAAAAGAUGGUGUGCAAGCUAAACGAUCUUACAGAAAGACCAAUAAAGAUGAAAGUGGUAGUGAUUCUGAUUCUAGUCGUGAAAGAAAAUCCGCACCUAAAAGAAGGAGCCCUUCUCCCAGAAAUGAUAGAUCUAAAGACAGGGAUAGAUCUCGAGAUAGAAACAGAAGACGAUCGUCUUUCGAAAAAGAGCGAGACAGGAGGAGGGAUCGCGAUCGCGACAGGGAUAGGGAAAGAGAUAGGGUCGAUCGAUACAGCGGAGGGAGAAGCAUGAGACCACCAUCCGUGCGGAGAGCUCCAAGCCGACGAAGAAGCCCACCACGUCGUAGUCCAGGGAGAUAUGAUCGUCGACGUUCACCUAGCCCAGGGGAUCGACGCAGAUGGAGAGCAUCACCUGAUCGCCGAAGAAGAUCGUCUGAACGACACGAUCGGCACAGGUCCGUUGAUCGGCGAGACAGCAGGCGGUCACCGGAACGUCGGGAUCGAUCGAACAGGUACGAUAGAUCUUCUUCCCGCGACAGAUCUAGCAGACGCGACAGGUCCCGAGAACCAAAGGAAAACAAAGACCGUAAGACAUCGCCCGAUAGAUCCAGAGCAAGGUCAAAGGAGCCCAAAUCAUCAUUGGAGCGUUCUAAGCCCUACAAGCGAUCUCCAGAUAAGGAGGUGAGGGAAAAACCAAAGGAAAAGAAACCUGUGGUAGAUGAACCUGCCAAGAAACUGGAUGAGAGAAGACCUCAGAAGAUGUUGAGGAACGGACGAUCUAAAUCAAGUAGCUCGCAAAGCACAGAGAGUAGUUCCUCUAGUGACGAGGAACAAUCAGCCAGCAGAAGGUUACCGGAAAUAAAACAACCAACGCAGGAAGUGAAAGAGCGAGAAAUUUUGGAAGAUGUCAACAAGAAGAAAGAAAAAGAGAAGAUUUCAAAAGAAGAAGUUCCAAUUAUUCGUCCGGAGAAAGAAGUUCGAAAAAUUGAACCUGUUGUUCCAAAGAAAUUGGAAACCAUUGUUUCACCCAAAAAACCGCCAACUACAAUACUUCCUGUUACGAGACACAGGUUCUCGAAGAGCUUAUCUCGAACCCCAUCACCGUUUAAAAAAACUGAAGACAUCAUAGCAGCUGCAGCCAGAAUUAAACAAACUCCUUCUAGAGAUAAUAAAGACGAAUCACCUAAGUCUACAGAACCUGCUCUUUCGUCCAGUGAUGUUUUUCAGCUGAAGAAAGAAGAGAGGCCAUUGAAGUUGCUCAAGGUUACGGCAGAUGAUAAAAAACUAACUCACAAAUUAGUUGAACAACCGUCCUUGAAGAAGAAAUCAGUCGAUGAAAUAAACAAGAGAAUAAAAAGAGACAGGAGGGAUGGGUCUUCAGAUUCUGAAAACAGCGAUGAUGAAAAUAAGAAGAAAGAAAAACGGAUCGAGAAAUCAAGGAAAUCUCGAAAGGAAUCAACAGACGAUGACAAAACGGAUAGAAGUAAAGUCGAAUCUAGUUCGGAAUCUGAAGAUGACAAAAAGCACGUGGAUAGUAAAUCUAAAAAGAGCAGAGAUGCUGGGAGGGCUGAUUUGCUGGAUGAUCGUAGUAAGGAUCGAAGAGAUACCAAAAAACGUGAUGCCAGUGGCGACAUAGAAUCAAGAAAGCGGUCGAAGAGAGAAAUUGAGGAAGACCUACGAAAAACUAGAAAGGUGCGGAAAGAUUCCACGUCUGAAGAAGAUGAAAUGAAAUUGAAGAAGAUAUCAAAAUCGGAAGACGAGAAAUCUAAGUCAAGAAAAUCGAAAAAAGAUUCCAGUUCUGACGAUGAACCGAAAAAGUCGAGAAAGCGUCGAGACAGCUCAUCUGAGGAUGCAAAGUUGAGAAGUAGGAAGUCAAGAAAAGAAUCAACUAGCGACGACGAGGGACGGUCGAAAUCAAAGAAAGCCAAGCGGGAUUCUAGUUCGGACGAUGAAGAAAUUGUCGAGCGAGAAAGUAAGAAAAAGAAAAAGGUAGAAGAUAGCAGUGAUGACGAGAAAGUGAAGAAGAAACGCAAAAAGAAAACAAAGACAAGUACAAGCGAAUCUGAGGAUAGUGAAGUGGAGGAAAAGAAGAAAAAGAAAGAUAAGAAGCACAAGAAACACAAAAAGCACAAGAAACAUCGUAAGCAUAAAAAAAAGAAGGCUGUAGAGUCUGAAGAAUCGGACGCAAGUGAGGGUAACACGGAAGAACUUGAAAAAAAACUUCGCGAAAAAGCCUUGAAAUCUAUGAAGAAAGGACACAGUAUUGAACAAAGUGACUAAAUGGAUUGUAUGUAAUCGAUAUAAGAUAAUAUCAGAGAAGUUGGCAUAUUUCAAAUACUUAUAAGCUGUUAUUUCUUAGGUUGGCUAUGCCAAAGUAACUAUUCACCAGAUCCAACAAAAAAUACUGCUAAUUAAUGGUUUUGUAUUUUAACAGACUGCGAUUGCAAUUUUUGAGACAACUUCUUUGAUAUUAUCAUUAAAAAUAAUUUGGUACUCAUAA